AUGGGGAGCGUAAAUGAUUUAAUCAGAUUACUCAUAAUAGUGGUAAUUUGGGCAGCUAAGAUUCACAGCAUCCCGUGUGUAGUUGUAACAUCGAACAGUGCUCCAGUGUCAAAACUUAAUACCGUGAAAGAUUAUAAAGCUAACAUUUGGUGGUCCGCGGACUACCGGAGAAACCAUUAUUAUGGAAACAAUCUUCGUGAUAGUGGCAAACGUAUUGAAAUGGUUGAUCCCUUUGAUGACUAUAGAGUGAUGGUUGGAGAGGGAAAACUUGCAAUAAAAAAUGUCCGAUUGGUUGACAGAACAAUAGCGAUAGAAUCCCUGGAAAGUUCCAAUUUAGAUACGUUAUUAGUAGCGGUCGGUGGCGGUCUGUAUUUCGAUAUAGUUGCGGCCGCUAAGAAAAUUAUUAAAGGUUUAUUUAUUCCUCAAGCGAUCAAACCUACAGGAGCAGUUUCCUUGGCUACAUUAUUCAAAUAUAAAGAUUAA